AUGGGCUACUACCUUCGUCUCCUGGACGCCAUCUUCUGGCUGGAGUCCAUUCACACCCAAACGGUCCUGGAGCGCUGCAAUCGGUGCCACGAGCGCUUAACCGACGUUUGCUACAUGUGUGUGCCAGUUGUCGAGUUCGACCGCGAAGUCAUCUUCAUGGAGCUCAAUUUUAGGGGCCACACGGCGGACACCGCCGUCGCUCUGGCCGAUCUUUUUGUUGAAAUUCGCGACUGGCAGGUGGAGCAGAACCUCGCGGAUACCGUCGGGCUCUCACGUCUCCGUGUGUCCGACUAG